AUGUAUCUCCGAUCAACCAAUUCCGAACUUGCCAACGCAAUUCAUUCUAAUCACAUCCGUCAAAUCUUCCAUUCCCUGAUAGACUUAUGGCAAGAUCGUCUGACGCUUCCCUCGCUGAUUAACGAGUUUUCGAUGAAAGUUAUUGUAAAUCAAGUCUAUGCAAAGGUGAAGCAUGAAUUCACGGGCACUCACCGCUUUUUCCUCCCAGGCAGUCAGGUCUAUGAUGAACGGACCACCACCCUCUCGAAUAACCCGGGGUUCGUAAAAUGGAAGCAGGACAUGCGUGCUCGACAUCGCGUAACAACCCCUAGACGUUCCAUCCAUCGACCGCAUCUUUUGAAAGUGGUCUACGGCGUCCGCGCUACGCACUCAGAUGGCUUCAAAACGAAGGUUUUGGCCCCGCGGCGAGCGGACCCCUCAGCUCUUAGUAAAAGGCCGUGGUGGUACCCAACGUCCACCUCGAGCACGCUAAAUCAUGGCCCUAGUCUCACCACCCAACGUCGUAUGCACGCGCUCUUGGUCAUCAUUGUUUAUGGCGGCUGCAAGGGGUGCAUAGCACCCCGAAUACUUGUAAAGCUGAUUGAGGGAGUUUUUUAA